GCUCCCGUGUCCUCUGCAUGGACUUCAUGUUUAUAACUCACCAUGGCCCCAGUCGUUUGGUAGCUGCCGCUGCUGCAGCCUGUGUUCGCUCCCAUGGCCGGAGCUGGCUACAAGUGUCCCGUCUCCCUUGCAGUGUUCAAGCGCUCUCUGUCGGUGGCGCCGCGCGGCUGCGGUGGGUCCGCUCCACGGUCCCUGCUGCCGGGCUGGAGGCUCGGGGAGCGCGGCCUGCAGGAGGCCGCCCGCCCCUCCAGCGCCGUGAGAGCCGCCAGGUUUUACCGACACAGCGCCUUCUCUUGUCUCUCCUGCCAGGAGUCCAUGAGCGACAGUCUGCGGACCUGCUACCUGUACCUGAACCAAACCAGCCGGAGCUUCGCCGCCGUGAUCCAGGCGCUGGACGGGGAGCUGAGACAUGCAGUUUGUAUUUUCUACUUGGUGCUGCGAGCGCUGGACACAGUGGAGGAUGACAUGACCAUCCCCCUGGACAAGAAAGUCCCCAUGCUGAAUAAUUUCCACACCUUCCUGUACCAGGACAAGUGGUGCUUCACCGAGAGCCAGGAGAAAGAUCGGCAGGUCCUGGAGGAUUUCCCCACGAUAUCACUGGAAUUCAGAAACCUUGCUCAGGAAUACAGAGACGUCAUCUCAGACAUCUGCCAACGUAUGGGAGUGGGAAUGGCCGAAUUCCUGGAGAAGAAAGUGGGAUCCAUGAAGGAGUGGGACCUGUAUUGCCACUAUGUGGCCGGGCUGGUCGGCAUUGGCCUGUCUCAGCUCUUCUCUGCGUCCCAGCUGGAGGAGCCUGAGGUGGGGCGGGACACCGAGCUGGCCAACUCCAUGGGCCUGUUCCUCCAGAAGACCAACAUCAUCCGGGACUAUCUGGAGGACACGCAAGUGGGACGAGCCUUCUGGCCACAAGAGGCUUGGAGUCAGUUUGCUGUUCGUCUUGAGGACCUGGCCAAGCCGGACAAGCUGGAGUCGGCUCUGUCCUGUCUCAACCUGCUGGUCACCGAUGCCCUGCGACACGUCCCAGAUGUUAUCGCCUACCUGUCGCGUCUGCGCAACCAGAGCGUCUUCAAUUUCUGUGCUAUUCCACAGGUGAUGGCGAUAUCUACAUUAUCAAAAUGCUACAACAACCCCAUGGUGUUCCAGGGAGUGGUAAAGAUCAGGAAGGGACAGGCGGUCACCCUCAUGAUGGAGGCCACCAACAUGAGAGCUGUGCACACCAUCAUCAGCCAGCACAGCCAGGAGAUUUUACAGAAGGUCUCCCUAACUGACCCGUCACGAGACAAGACUCUAGACAUCCUGGCUCUGAUCCGGGAGAAGUCCGCGCUGUCGCAGUCCACCCUCCCCUCCAGGACCCACCACCUUUCGCCUAUGUACCUGUCCGCCGCCAUGCUGCUGGCCGCCCUCAGCUGGCAGUACCUCAGCACCACUGCUGCUCAGGCCCAGGGCCCCGGCAACAUACAGGGGCAGUGAAACCCCUUCACCCUUAUCUUCCCUGGGGGGGCUACAGACUCAUAAACCCCCUCUGCUCACUCUAGAGGUCCGGCUCUCCUCUCACUCGAGGACCCUGACGCACCUUUUCCCUCACCUUCAACUCGUUGAUAUGGCCGUCACAGGACCAUGGACACACGUAGACUGCAGGGGGCGCUCUUGUAGCAGGAUGGUCUCAUUAGGUUUGACUGUGAUUUGUCCUCAUCCUACUGCAUCUGGAUUAAUUGUCACAGUGUUGUGUGGUUAUAUUCACCAGCAUAAAUAGCACAUUGAAACAAUUCAGGGGUGUUUUAUCAUCAUUUCAAGUUUACGCUGAUCAUGUGUUUCCUCUUUUUUUGGAAAAGUUUAAAACAUUUUGGACCCAUUGUUUGGAUUGAUUGAAAUUAUUGAGCAAAUGCGAAUAUUUCAUAUAAUAUUUCCUAUUUUCUCUUUUGAAUGAAAUGUUUAAAUAUGCUUAACACGACACUGCCUAUUUUAGGAUUUAGAAGAUGCAGUCACCAACCUUCAUCAAGUUUUAUUUUAAUAACUCAAAUCCUAUUUUUCAUGUCAAAUCAAUGUGAGCUUAAAGGAGACAUAUCAUGCUCAUAUUCAGGGUUAUUACUUGAGUAGGUUUACAUGCUCUAAUGUUUAGGAAACUUUCCUCACACUGUCCAUUACUGCAGCUCCUCUUUAUAGCCUCUGUCUGAAACGCCUGGUAGGAUUUACCUGGAUUUGUUAUGGGGUGUAUCGGACUCAUCAGGGCUGUUCGGAUGAACUUUCUCUAAUAUAAUUCAAAUAUUUAAAAAAGGUCUAUUCCAUUAUUCCAUAGUAUACAAUUCUGUUCCAGUGCUGUAAUUACUAUAAGAUUUUUUUUUUGUUGUUUAUAAAUUAGCUGACACUGCAGCCUCCGUGCCGAUGUACUGUGGCUUGAGGGCGUGCAUCGUGUCCACUGCUGCUAGCUCCGUCUCUAUGUUUAGCAAUGUAAUUCUAUUUAACACUUGUUCCGAGAAAGAGAAAGCGUGUGCGCACCAGAAAAAAAACAACUGUCCAUGAUGUUCUCUAGAGAUACAGACAUCGCAACCGCUCCUGGAGAAAAUAGACGUGAUCCUGAAUCUCCAGAGGAGCAGACUGAGACACGUUGCCGUAUACCUGGUGUAUGAUAAGAAUAAGAAAAAUGUAUAAAAAACAUUUAUAUAAUUUGAAUUUAAAAAAUGGUAAAUAAAGUAAGAAACUCGAACGGGAUUAUAGAGGAAGAGCCCUAGUGUGCAUUAAUAUGCAAAUCUCAGACUAUCGAGGAGGUGUUUUAGGAGCCUCAGUGUUUUUGGUGAGAGAGAGGAGUUUCCUCUACCAAGACUUUUUAACUUUUAAACAAACAUAAGAAAAAAACUAAAAAACACACUGGACAAAGGAAAUACUGAAAACCCAUAAUAUGUCUUCUUUAAUAUUCCACUUAUGUUUCUGUAGGAGAAACUCUACCUGUUACAGCAGUGCACUUCUCUCAUUAGCACUGUGUGUAUGUGCUGCAUAGAUGUGUGUAGCAUCCCAACCCUCUUCUGUCUUUGUUCGUUCUACUCCAGGUCCUUUGUAAUAGGAGGAAGAAAAGGAGGAAGAAGAAGAACAGUGUAAUUCUGAGGUUGCUUCGUCAGAUGUGGACUGUUGGUGUGAAUUGUAUUGAACAGAUAUAAUGUCUUUGAUGAUAUGUGAGAGAGAAACGCAUAUUGAGGCUGCUAUAGCUGAAGUGUCCUUAAAGCAGCUUUGGUGAGUAGAAAGGCCGGCACAGAGAAACCUUGCACCAAACCAAAGGAGAGCUACAAACAUUGCAAUGUAAUGUGAAACUUUGAUUUGUAUAUAUUUGAACAAAUAAAGAGUUGGAAUUAUGAAA